CUGCCUCCCGCCUCCCUUCAGGCCGCGCCGAGGGGCGGGGGUCGCGCCCGCCCAGCGAAGCCGCGGGGUGCGGGGGGGCCGGCGGCGCCGCCGCCGCCAUGAAGCUGGAGGUGUUCUCGCAGCACUAUGAGGACAAGCUGGGCGCCGGCAGCGACCAGGAAGGCAGCGGCUCGCUCUCCCCUGCUCCGGCUGAGAGCGAGCUGGGCUCGGACGGUGACUGCGCGGCCAACAGCCCGGGCGGCGGGGCCGGGCGGCCGGGGCAUCCCCCGCCGCCGCCCCCCACGCCGCAGCCCCCGCCACCGCCGCCGGCCGAGAGCGCCAAGGGGAAGCCCUACACGCGGCGGCCGAAACCGCCAUACUCCUACAUCGCGCUGAUCGCUAUGGCUAUCCGCGACUCGGCCGGCGGCCGCCUGACCCUGGCCGAGAUCAACGACUACCUGAUGAGCCGCUUCCCCUUCUUCCGCGGCGCCUACACCGGCUGGCGCAAUUCGGUGCGCCACAACCUCUCCCUCAACGACUGCUUCGUCAAGGUGCUGCGCGACCCGGCGCGGCCCUGGGGCAAGGACAACUACUGGAUGCUGAACCCCAGCAGCGAGUACACCUUCGCCGACGGCGUCUUCCGCCGCCGCCGCAAGCGCCUCAGCCGCGCCGCCCCGCCGCCGCAGCCCGCCCGCCCCGCCGGCGGCGCCCCGCCGCAAGUGCCGCAGGAGGCGGCCGGAGCGGGCGCCGCGUCUCCCGGCGCUUCCCCGCGGUGCUGCUGCGCCUCCUCGCCCUGUCACUGCGCGCCGGGCGCCAAGGAGGCAGCAGCGGGGGGCGGCGGGGCGAGGCCGGCGGGCGGCGGCGCCGCCAAGUUCUCCAGCUCCUUCGCCAUCGAGAGCCUCCUGCAGCGGCCGGCAGGACCCCGCGCCGCCCCGCAGCCGCCGCCGACACCGCACGCCCGCCUCCUGUGGCCGGCGCCGCCCGCGCCCCCGCACCUGCUGCCCGGCCCCUACCCGCUGCUCCCCUACCCACCUGCCGCGCAGCUCCCGCCCGCCGCCGCCGCCCUCUACGGCGGGGGCCUCCUGCAGCUCUGCGCCUACGGGCUGGGAGAGCCGUCACCGCCGCUGCUGCUGGGGGGCGGGCGGCCCUCGCUGGCCCCGGGGGAGCCGUCGCCGCUGGCGGAGCGGCCGCAGGCGCCGCUGUUCCAGGCCGGCCUCCCCAAGGGCGGGCGGGGGCUGCCGCCCACCUCCCCGCUCUACGGGCCCCUCCGGCUCGCCGGGCCACUGCCGCCGCCGGCGGCGGAGGGAUCGGCCUCGUUUCAGCCGUACGCCGUGGAGACCCCUCUGGCUUAAUGGAGCCCCCCUCCUCCCCUGCGAGGGACCUGCUCGGGGAGGCGUGGAGGGGGAAAGGAGGAGGCUCUGGAUCCCGCACUUUAACUCCAGAGGCGACCACAGCCUCCAAGCAAAAGCCUCGGUGACUGUGCCUUAGUGAAAUGACAGUGGGUUUAACUUAAGCCAAAAAAAAAAAAAAAAAAAAAAAAAAAAAAAAAGGAGGAAAAAAAGGGAAAAAAAGAAAAAAUCAAACAACUGUCAGUUUGGACAUAGCCAUGAGCCUCAAGUGCUUCUUACUGUUCGUUGAGACUACUUGACUUAAGCCAGUCCCUCGCCACCCCUUUUCUAUCCCCCUCUCUUGUCCCCACAUGUCCUGCUACCGAAGCCUUGGGCAGCAGAGCGGAGGUGCCCCGCGGAGGGGCGCGGUGGCGGCCGCUGGGGGAUGCGCUGUGCGCUUGGGAGGGCGGGGAGGAGGGAGGGGGCCCGGGAAGCCUGCCGGGAACAGCAGGGAGAGAGGAGGGGAGGGGGCCGGGGUCUGCUGUGGAGCCGUAGGUCUGUACUGCAAAGCAAUGCAUCACUGUGCCAAAAGAAACCUUUUCUCCUGUCCGGCAACUAGCAUUUCGUGGGAAGGGAGGAUAUUAAAUUAUUUAUAAAAGUAGUGUUUUUAACACAAAGAGAGUGCAGCUUUUUUUUAAUUAAUUAUUGGAGGGGGCGGGAGAGGGGAAAAGGCUCAAGGAAAUGUCAGAUGUUGUCUCCUGUACUGGCUGGCGUUCUACAUUUAUGGCCAAGACCACCGCUACUGGAAAAAGAAGAGUAAUUUUUUUCGUAUUUUAUUUUUGUGUUUGUAUGUAAUAUAUGUACGUGCGCAUUUUAUUGACGCUCGGCCACCAUGUUUUUCCAUUUUUUUUCCUUUCUCCUUUCCCCCGAAUAAAAACUGCCCCCUAAAUAAAGGUGGUAAUAAGGA